UGUUCCUCUGCCACCAUUAUUAGUACCACCAUCGCCACCUGCUCUCUUCACUUUCGUUCUUCUCUUUGCUUUAAUGGCUCCUUUUCUUCUUCUUCUUCUUCUACUUCUUCUCCUUCUUCUUCUUCCCCCACUUCCCAUUUCCAAUCCCUAGCGGCUUUGAGGGUUCGGUUCUUUGAGUUUCUGAUACCCUUUUGGCCAUUUCUUCACGGAUUUGGCUCUGCUUCACUUUUCUGUGUUAGAUCCAUGUUUAAAGGUAAAGGUUUAGUGGGCGAAGAACAAGGAAUAGAGAGCUUGUGUAGGUGUGAUAGUGGUUUGAGGAAGAAGAAAAAGAUGGUGUAUGGGGACUUAGUAGCCUGUAGUUCCACACCACGAUUGGCUGGGGACUCUGGUGUUGGUGAAUCCUCUGGUUCGAAACCUCAGGAUGCAGAUUAUUCGGUUCCUUUAUUCGGUGACGAGUUGGAGCUUUCGAUCUUGGCUCGGUUUCCCCAAUGUGAGCAAUGGAGGUUGUCUUGUGUGAGCAAGAGAUACUUAGAUCUUGUGAAGAGUGGUGAACUGUUUGCAAUUAGGAAAGAAAUUGGAUACAAAGAGGCAUCUGUUUUCAUGUUAGCUAGUGGGGAGAGUAGCUGGAUGAUGUUCGAUCGGACUUUUCGGUCGUGUCGUAGGCUUCCUAUCCUGCCAUCAGAUGCCUGCUUUUUGGAUGCAGAUAAGGAAUCGCUUUGUGCAGGCACGGAUCUCAUCGUUACGGGUCGAGAACUUACAGGAGCUACCAUUUGGAGGUAUCAGCUUGUAGGGAACAAAUGGAUCAAAGGCCCUUCAAUGAUGAAUCCAAGGUGUUUGUUUGCAUCUGCUACUUGUGGUGCCAAUGCAUUUGUUGCUGGAGGCAUUGCUCUAGAGUUCAGCUCGGAAGGUGCUUUCGGUAUGGGAAUGGAAUACGGUCAAACUGUCUUGAACUCGGCCGAGAAGUAUAAUCCCGAAAGUUUGUCGUGGGAGCCUCUCCCGGACAUGCACCGAGCAAGAAAGAAGUGUUCGGGUUGUUUCAUGGAUGACAAGUUCUAUGUCAUUGGAGGAAGAGACAGAGAUGGAAACCAUCUCACUUGCGGCGAAGUCUUCGACGAGAAGAAAAACUCUUGGGAUUUGAUCGAAAACAUGCUCGAAGAUGCUCCAAUAUCGACUUCUCAAUCGCCUCCUCUUGUUGCAGUCGUGAACAACGAGCUCUACUCACUCGAACCGUCUUCAAACCAGCUGAAGGUGUAUUUAAAAGACAGAAAUGAAUGGAAGAACCUGGGUCCAGUUCCAGUGCUCUCUGUUGUUAACAAAGGUUGGGGAGUUGCAUUCAAGUCGCUCGGAGAUGAACUUCUGGUCAUCGGUUCAUCUUCGGAAUCAUCUACAAACAAUUCCAUGAGCAUAUACACUUGCAUCCCGGAUCCAAGGGCCGAGCAGUUGCGGUGGAGGCGUCUCUACUGUGGCACGAACCAUCUCAGCCCCUUUAUUCUAAACUGCUGUGUCAUGGUCGCUUGAAUUAAGCUCUCAUCAUACCAUGUUCGUUCUGUUUGGUGUCGGAGUGAAUAAAACGAAUGCCUCAUUCGGUAUUCUCAAUAGGUUUAUCGUUUAUUUUCGAGGUCGGUCGCUAUUCUCUCGGUCUUAUAUAGCAUGAACUGUUUCUAGCCUUGUUAACUUCUGAUUGUCUACAAGACAAGCUUGCUGAAUUUAUCUUUUCUGAUUGUCUUUAAGACAAGCUUGUUGAAACCAAUGUCCCGUGUCAUUUGUUUGGUCGGUU